GAUCUUUCCUCAUUCAUUCGAUCUCGUUCCUGCCCAAGCCAAACGACAGAACAAUUGCUGCGGCAGGACAAUAGAAGCUCAGGGCGGUCGUAGUCUAGAUAGCUAGCUAGCUACUUAGACGUCAGAAAGGAUUCAUAGAUCAAGAUUUCAUGCUCCCUUGGUCCCAACAAGGUCUUUGGGUUUCAAUUCGUGCCGAACUGCUCAAGAAACCUCAAGGAUCAGGAAUCUUCCAACUCGGUCAGACUGUUCAUAAGUUUCCCACGCCAAGGUGGCGGGGCGUCAGUGAGGGAGUGCCAGUCCACGAUCUAGUAUAUUUUCCUCAGUACUGAUUCAUAGUUUCAAAAGAGAGUACAGAAGAAUCCAAGUUUUGGGUAUCACCUCUUUGAGAUAUUGAAGCCUCUGGACUUACUUGCUUGAGCCUCAGAGAGACCCGCACUUUCCAAGCCGAAUCAAAUCAAUCAUCAAUUCAAGUGCUGGCCUGAUACCUCUUUUCUCUGGUCUGAAAGCUUUGUCACUGGCACGGACUGAAGGCAGGGAAGGGAAACUUUCUGGGGUUCACACCUACCACCUACCCUCACUGUAUUGCAUCCAUUCUUCCAACGUCUGAAUUCUUUUGGAGGGAUCCAUCCAUCUCCAUGACAUAUAGCCAAUUGGUGCAAAAGAAACUGAACUGCUGCUCAAUUGGGAAAAGUUGGACAGUGCUGGGGUCAAUCUGAAUCUGAAAGAGGCAUAUCUCGCUACAGUUGUACCCUCUGGGCUGACCAGCCUGACAGACACAGAUUCCCACCAAAACCCUGAAAAAUUGAGAGGAAGCGCCGGCCCUGGCUAAGAAGGCAUUGAGUACCUUCCGCAAUUCAGUCAGGAUACCCUCAGAACAACCUCCUCUCCAGAAACAACAAACAGACGACUGCAGACGACCAAGCAAUCAACCAUGUCAUCCCAGGAUACCUUGGGUACGAGCAACGCGGCGACGCCGACGUCAGACGAGUCAUCUCAUUUGGAAGCUAUUGCUGCUGCAUUUCAAGACAAGAUACAUCAACAAAACUUGAUUCAAGAUCGCAAGUACAGGCUGCAAACAUACCAAAACGUCCUCGUGGGGAAGGAUGCUGUUUCGGCUUUGGUAGAGGUUCUGCAAGAGAGGGGUUACAACGAUGUGUCAAGAGAUCAAGCACUCAAACUGGGCUUGGAAAUCAAUCAACAAUUCCAAAUACUACGACAUGUCACUGGGGAUCAUGAGCUCAAAGAUGAAAAACUCUUUUACCGUUUGUACCGCAAUUUACCAAGUCAAGUCGAACAAGCCAAAAAAGAAAAAACAAGUUGGGAUAUCAUGGACAUGCUGGAACGCAAUGUAGACAUUCAAGAUCGUGUCUAUCACUUUCGUACCUACACGCAGUGUUUUGUGGGACGAGAAGCUGUGGACGUGAUCUUGAAACUCAAAUUGGCCAUGAGUCGAGAGGAAGCCGUCGAAUUGGUCCUAGAUUCCAACCGAGAAGUCCAUAGUCUGGAACACGUCACACGAGAUCACGACUUUGCCGAUGCCUUUCUAUUCUUCCGAUUCAUUCCACAGAACGAACGCUUGCUCAAUCCACACAGUGAACGGCAAAACCUGGGCGCCCUGUUUGAUGCCUUGGUUGCGGGAGAUAACAUGAGCGAAAUGGACUCGUCCGCCAACAGCAGUUUCUUCUCCCUCGAAGAUUUUGGGCUCACUGAUAAUGGUGAUGCUCGAAGUGACGAUGGAUCUCUCGCGGAUGAAACGAGUAGUAGCCGAAAGGCACGACGAACAGACAGUGGGGACUCAGUCUCUUCCCGGAUGAGUGUAACUUCGGUUCUGUCAUUGCUGCCGCCCCAUACCACGUUGGAAGAUAUCGCCAAAGCACUGGAACGUGACCUGCCCGUCAAGGAUCAUCGAUACCGAUUCACCGUCUAUAAUAAUUGCUUCAUUGCUAAAGAUGCCGUCAGCUACAUGGUCAGAGUCGGCUUUGCUUCCAGUCGCAGCCGGGCAGAGUUGAUUGGGCGACAAUUGCAAUCGCAUCUCAAUCUGUUUCACCAUGUGACCAACGACCACAAGUUCCGUGACAAGUAUUACUUUUUCCGAUUCACACCUCUGGAAAAGAGAAAAACGCUCGUGGACAUGUCUACUCGAAAUUCUGGCAGCAGAAUAUCUAUCAGUCAGGAUGUCGAGAUGCCAUCUGGCGUGCCCAUGAGAGGCCUUCCUCCCAUUCCCAGUGGGCGGAGCCUCCAUAAUUCUCAACAAGAAUCUUCCAAGUUGUCAAUAGCCAUGGAAUUGGAGGCAGCAAACAUCAACAUGGAGGAGAUCGCAGUCGCUUUUGAACGCGGGAUGAAAGUAAAAGAUCGCGUAUACUAUCUCAAAACCUAUCACAAUGCAUUUACGGGGCCACAGGCAAUAAAAUUCCUGGUCAAGAAAGGAUUUGCGGAAACGCGACAAGAUGCCAUGUUGCUGGGGCGCCUUUUAGCCGAGGAGUAUUUCGUCUUUGAACACGUUGGCAACUCGGACAUUGAGCUUAUUGAUUGCCCCACGACAAUGUACCAGCUUGUGGGACCUGAGGAUCGCAAAGCUCGAAUAGAAGUGAGGCAGCAACGACAGGGCGAAGUAGAGAAUUUGGACGAUACUGCUUCAGACCUGCAAUUGUUACCUGAUGAUAAACAAGAGGAAACACAAUCUGAUGUUGACCCUGAGUUACAGAAAAUUGGCGCUUUGUUCCGUCAAGGCGUCAAAAUCAAACACCACCACUAUCACGGCAAGGUAUACCAGAACACCUUUGUUGGCAGCCAAGCGGUGGACUUCCUUGUCAAUAGCUCGAUCUCCGAUAGCCGGCGGGAAGCUGUGCAACUUGGACGUCGGCUCAUGCAUGAACUGAAGCAGUUCGACCACGUGACCAGGUCUCAUGAUUUUACGGAUGAUUACAAAUUCUAUCGCUUUGAGGAGCAUAGAACGACGAGUCAAGGCAAACACCAGUCGAGAAUCUCGGGAAUCGUUGGGCAAGUGCUACAUGAUUCUUCACAAGCGCUUCAAGGUUCCUUGAUCGGCUUGGGAUCGUCCAUUAUACUGCCAUCAAGACAAAGCAUGGAGGGAUCGAACAUCACCCCGGCGCUUUCGCGCGAUUUUUCGGGAGGAACAGAUUUCCUGCCAUUGGAAGAAAUAGCACGGGCAUUCCGAAAGCAUGUCAAAGUCAAAGACAGGCGCUAUCGUUUUUCGACGUAUAAGGACGUCUUUGUGGGGAGCGAUGCCGUGGAUUACUUGGUUGGUAAAACGACAUGGGCGUCAAGCCGCAAGGAGGCGGUGCAUUUGGGUCGAACCUUGAUGGGCGAACUCGAUCUGUUUCAGCACGUAACAAAGUCGCAUACCUUCAUGGAUGACGAAAUCUUCUACCGAUUCACCGACGAAGACGAAGAAAGCAUGCUCGACAGACUAAUUGCCUUGACAGAGGACGAGGGGCAGCCCUUCGUGGACCAUACCGGUUCAAUGACACCUCAUUUUUUAAUCAGUGCAGCAAGAGCAAUGGAAGAAGGUCUCUCUCCACGAAUGUGCUCCUUUCGACUCCGCGUUUACAAGGACUGUCUCAUUGGCAGUGAAAUUGUGACUUUUCUGGUGGACCAAGGGCUGGCUAAAUCUCGUCCUGAAGCUGUGCAACUCGGGCGCGCCGUAGCCAAGCAAUUCAUGCUCUUCUACCAUGUCACGAUGGACCAUCUUUUGAAGGAUUCAAACUUGUUCUAUCGCUUUACAACAAGAGACAAGAGAGGCAAGGGGAAGUGGUUCGAUACGACCUACGGCGACAUGCUGAGAAACAAAAUGAUGAAGGCUGGGAGAAGGAAGCAUCUUUCCGUCGAACAGUACUGGAACUUAGUAGCCGAAGCUGUCGAUAAAGAUGUUUGGGACGUUCAAUCAUCGAUGAUUGGUUCGCUUCGAAGCUUCAAAAUCGAGUCCGACGACACGGAGUGGACUAAACGAGUUCGAACUUUUGAAAGGAGCGUUUCAAAGCGAGCCGAAGAAGAGCUUCGACGCUCGGCAAUGCAGCUUGUGAAGCCAGAUGUUAGCCGAGUCAAUCUCUGGGCUUCUACGUUCAUUCGCCUCGAUCCAAGGCAGCAAAUCCACCGUUUCUACAAUGAAGUUGCUCAGACUGGUGCUUGUAUCAUUGAAAAGGACAACGGUGGUGAUAAUCGCGAAAGUGUGCGCGCUGUUACUCUGAAGGACUUUCGACCGCUGUUUCGAUUCCUUCCAAUCAACUUGGCAUCCGUGUUCUCUGUUUGGAGGCCGACAUCGUAUGAUGCAAUUCGCAAGAUGAUGAUGGGGGAUGCGGUGGGCAAGGGCUUGGAUAUCAAGGGCAAGUCAGCCAAAAGAGGCAAGCUCAGUGGCUUUGUGCCCUUCCUUCAAAUUGGGAGCAACAAGCAUAAAAAGCAAGUACGCCGCCUCAGUCCAAAUCAUAUGGUUAAGGUGUUCUAUGGGUCUGAAUGCCGCCGCGCCCGAGAUGUUGCAACUGCGGAGUUGGAGAAGGUGCUCUUGGAGAUGAUAGACAUGGUGAAAGAGGCCAAAAAGGUACUGGCGAGCGGCGACAAAGCAGACAAGGAAAUUCACAACAAUGCUCUGGAAAUCAUGCUAUUGGAUGUAGCCGAUCCUACAAUCACACCCAUUGACGAUUUCGCUCCCGAAUGCUAUGGGAUUGAAAUGCCAGAGCGUCUGUUCUGGGAGGCAUUCUUUGUUCGACAAGACUGCACUCGCAAACCAGGAUCCAUCUACGAUAGUGGACGUCCGUCUCAACCAGCAUUUCAGGACAUGAACUUUGGUGCUCUGCGUUCCAAGCCCCAAGAAGGGGCGCCCGUUCCCGUUGUCUACCAAAAUGCGGACCGAGAUGAUCCUAUGAAUCCAUUUGAAAUGCUAAUGGCAUACGAGGAGGAUGGUCGCGUGCGACCUGUCGUCUCUGACUUUGAUUGCUUUUUGGUGGGAACGAGGCGAGUCCAAUACAACAUGCCCCUUCCAUCGGAUCAGCAAGCCGUGUUGAAAUGGUGCAUGACUCAAAUCGAACGGGUCGCGAACCGAGUGCUUCGAGACGCCGAGAAUGGAGCGAAAGAGAGGAAGCCCUGGUCGUUGAUGUGGCUCGAAAUCCUAAAAGAGGAAUCAUCCUUUCAUCCGGAUAUCCCUCGGUUCGGGUUUGCGGAUCCAGUGUCGUAUUCCAUUGUGGCCAAUGCCGUGGAGCGUCUCACACAAACCGGGGCAGUUCGCCACGGUGCCGAAUGUUUCAAUUAUUACUUUCCCCAGGACCUGGACGAUGAGUUUCUAGUUGUGAGCGAGAGCAUUGGAGAGGGCAAUGUUCCGUGGAAGUAUGUGGGCAUUGAUGAAUUGCAGGACAUUUUGGCAGCCAAGAUUGAUGAAGGCUUUUGCUUUCCGCUGAAUCCCAAGUGGGUUGUGAUGGAUCCUGGUUUCAUGCAACUCUACAGCAAGCUUUUACGAAGUCCGCUCAAGAAUGUGCAGGAUGCCAUGAACAUUUGGUUCCCUCCCGAGUCCGGUCUCCGUGAGGACAUUGAGCGCAUUUACGAGAUCCAAAAGCAAGUCCGAAAGUUGGAGAAGGAGAGCGAGGACCACACCUAUGAAGAGAUUCCAGAACACAAGAAGCAGGAAAUGAUGUACUUUUUGUAAUGUAAUAGGGUACUCUAGUAGCUAGUUUUGUCGUC